UUGUUCCAGUUUGUACAAACGCUAUUAUUAUUAGUAGUAUAUAAGUUUUAUAACGCGCAUGUGGAUUUGAAAUGAUGUUUUGAAUGAAUUGAAUGUUUUACUCGUAUGAUUGGAAAAGUUAAACAGGUGAGACGGUAUUGUCUUUAUAUACAAAUACUACUAAAGGAUGUCAUGUCCAAUCCCAUGGUUCUUAUGUACAAGAAACAUGGCAGCACCGUCACCCUGGAUGUAAUCUGCUCAUUAGCUUUAGCAUUAGCUACUUUAGCAUGGAGGGCUUCCCAUUCCCUGUAGCUGGAAAUUUAUCUGAGGGAAGUUCAGGAAAAGACCAAGGAGCCAGUGAAGGGAGAAAAGGAAAACCUUGCAGAGCUUGUGUGGACUUUAAAUCAUGGAUGAAAUCUCAGAAGAAACAAGCUUCUUCAGUCACAACACAGGUAGCUGAGAAUGAGAAAGCUGUGGAGUGCCCACUGGACAGAGAAGAGCUGGGGAGGAGCUCAUGGUCAUUGCUCCACACUAUGGCAGCGUAUUACCCUGAUACACCCACCAAAACACAACAGGAUGAGAUGACGCAGUUCAUCGGUCUGUUUUCGAAAUUCUUCCCAUGUGAAGAAUGUGCUGAGGACCUAAGAUCCAGAUUGAAAACAAACCACCCGGACACCAGCAGCCGUCACCAUCUCUCACAAUGGCUUUGUCAUCUCCAUAAUGGCAUCAACGUCCGGUUAGGAAAACCGGAGUUUGACUGCAGCAAAGUGGACGAGAGGUGGAGAGAUGGCUGGAAAGAUGGCUCAUGUGAUUGACAAACCAAAACAAAAUCAAUUCCCAGAGGAAAAUAAACCAGACAAUUAACUGCCCUUGACCUUGCUGCCUUUGGUCAUAAUAAUUGUGGCUUACUUUGUGUAGCAUGUCAUGUAAAAACAUUUAUAUACGUGAUGAGGAAUGUGCUGCUCUUUUGCCUAUAAUAUGAUCAUUCAUAUUUUUAUUGAUGUACCAUGACCUUUUCAAUUCCAAAAUAAUUCAAAGGCUGCUGGUUAAUGUUUGUGUUGCUGAUUAAAAGGAUUAAUGAUGCUAA